GCGUCUUGCGGGCGCUUUGCGGCAGCGUGGCGGAACCAGCCCCUUCGUUUCACGCCGUUGGGGGAUACCUCCGCGCGGCGGCAGUGCGGCCGUCAUGGCGUCGCCCUUCAGUGGGGCGCUGCAGCUGACGGACCUGGAUGACUUCAUCGGGCCGUCUCAGGAAUGCAUCAAGCCUGUCAAAGUGGAAAAAAGACCGGGAAGUGGCGUGGCCAAGAUUCGCAUAGAUGAUGACGGGAGCUACUUCCAAGUUAACCAAGACGGCGGGACCCACAGGCUGGAGAAGGCCAAGGUCUCACUAAACGACUGCCUGGCGUGCAGCGGCUGCAUCACCUCUGCAGAGACCGUGCUUAUCACCCAGCAGAGUCACGAAGAGCUGAAGAAGGUUCUAGAUGCUAACAAAAUGGUGGCACCCAGUCAGCAGAGGCUGGUUGUAGUUUCAGUCUCGCCACAGUCUAGAGCAUCGCUGGCUGCACGGUUUCAGAUGAAUCCUACAGACACUGCCAGGAAAUUAACCUCAUUCUUUAAAAAAAUAGGGGUGCACUUUGUCUUCGACACCGCCUUCUCCAGGCACUUCAGCCUCCUGGAGAGCCAGCGAGAGUUUGUGCGGCGAUUCCGAGGACAGGCCGACUGCAGACAGGCCCUGCCCCUGCUGGCCUCCGCCUGCCCAGGCUGGAUCUGCUAUGCCGAGAAGACCCACGGCAGCUUCAUCCUCCCCCACAUCAGCACCGCCCGGUCCCCGCAGCAGGUCAUGGGCUCCCUGGUCAAGGACUUCUUCGCCCAGCAGCAGCGCUUGACUCCUGACAAGAUCUACCACGUCACAGUGAUGCCCUGCUAUGACAAAAAGCUGGAAGCCUCUAGACCCGACUUUUUCAACCAGGAGCACCAGACGCGGGACGUGGACUGUGUCCUCACAACAGGAGAAGUUUUCAGGUUGUUGGAGGAAGAGGACGUCUCCCUCCCCGACCUGGAACCAGCCCCUCUGGACAGCCUGUGCAGCGGUGCCUCUGCAGAGGAGCCCACCAGCCAUCGCGGAGGGGGCUCGGGGGGCUACCUGGAGCACGUGUUCCGGCACGCGGCCCGAGAGCUCUUUGGAAUCCACGUGGCUGAGGUUACCUACAAACCCCUGAGGAACAAGGACUUCCAGGAGGUGACACUGGAGAAGGAGGGCCAGGUGCUGCUGCACUUCGCGAUGGCGUACGGCUUCCGCAACAUCCAGAACCUGGUGCAGAGGCUCAAACGCGGGCGCUGCCCCUACCACUAUGUGGAGGUCAUGGCCUGCCCCUCAGGCUGCCUGAACGGCGGGGGCCAGCUCCAGGCCCCAGACAGGCCCAGCAGGGAGCUCCUCCAGCACGUGGAGAGGCUGUACAGCAUGGUCCGGGCUGAGGUGCCCGAAGAUGCGCCUGGGGUUCAGGAGCUGUACACACGCUGGCUGCAGGGCACGGACUCGGAGUGUGCAGGCCGCUUGCUGCAUACGCAGUACCACGCGGUGGAGAAGGCCAGCACUGGCCUGGGUAUCCGGUGGUAGGGGCUGCAGCACCAGGACUCCCAGGAGGCCGUGCGUGACAGCGGAACCACAUGCCCCAAGACCCCAGGGCUCCCCCCAAAACUGUGAGUGAGCUGCAGAGUGUGCUGGGACCCGAGCAGGAGCUAGGACUGGCCAGGACCCGCGGCUGCCCCGUCACCUCCAGUUGGGUGCCUCUGGGUUCCCCGCUGGCUCUGCCCAGGUGGGGUGGCCCAGGCAGCAGAAGGUCCCUGAGGUCCCACAGCCUGUUCGUUGGCCCUGGGCCGAGGCCCACAGGUGCUGCCCUUGCUCUUGCUAGUCCGGCACCCAAGUGCCUGAGGGGCUUCAGCCUGUCCUGGGGUUGCCUGAGGCAGAGCAAGACAGGUUCCCACCCCUGACUUCUGGAAGCUUCUCCUGAAGCUCUGUGCAGAAGGUGGGAGACAGAGCUGGACCUGCAGAGGUGGUCCCGCCACAACCCUGUGUGUGGACCCUGGCAGGAGGGGGUGCCGGGCCCCUGGAAAGCAGGGGUUACUGUUACGAGGCUGUGGUCCAAGGCAAGCCAAGUACGAAGCGGCAGCCAUCACUAGCUGUGUCAUCCCCCAGCCAGGUCCCCACCAGGCCUGUCUCCCAGCGUUUGUCUAAUAAAGGCACCCCCCUCAAACAUGCCUA